UGCGCCGAUUCGAACGCGACGAUCUUAGCGACCAGUCAAUCGAAAAUACGCGUGCGUGUUCCGUGCGUGCGUGCGUGCGUGCGUGCGAGGUACCCUUCCUUUCCCGUUGGCCAACAUAGUCCACUUCCUUGGAGGUCAUCAAUCGAGCAAGCGAGCUGCGAUCGGAACGGAACGAUCGAGCGAAAGGCAUUGUCAAGGUGCGGUCAUAGGAAUUCCCGUCCUGUUACGAUGAGACGGUACGAUUGCAGAAAAGUGGCCACAGUGGCCGGACUGCUGCUGGUUCUAUCUGUGCUAACCGGACCAGUCGGGAGUCAUACGCCGUUCAAGAACCGUCAGCAUGGUUCAUUCACUCGUGGAGCGGCCGGUGACGGUGGCGCCGGAGGCGGUGUUGUUGGAGCAAUACGCGAGCGCGAACGGGAACGUGAACAGGAACGCCUGGCGACACCGUACAUCGCACCACUGGCCGGAUUGGAGGUGAACGGUAAGCGUGCGGCCAACGAUUUCAUCGACGACGUCGGCAAAAACACGUUCGAUACCGUGUACCACUGGAAGGUGAUUGACUUCGCAUACCCUAACCAGCAGCUGCGCAACAAUGCCAUCCGUACGCGUGAGUUCAUUCCGGAGAACAAUCUGCCGCUCGGUGUGGACCGCUACCGUGAUCGUCUGUUCGUGACGACACCCCGGUGGAAUCCGGGUGUACCGGCGACCCUGUCCUAUCUACCGCUGCCCGCCACCGAUCGCAGCCUACCGUUGAAACCCUAUCCGGACUGGAGCUACCACAGCUCGACCCGCAAUCCGGACUGUUCGAAGAUGAUGUCUGUUUAUCGGAUCCAGGUGGACGAGUGUGACCGGCUGUGGGUGUUGGAUGCGGGCGUCAUCGAAACACUGACCAACCUGCAACAGAUCUGUCCACCCAAGAUCAUGGCAUUCGAUCUGCAGAGCGAUGAGCUGCUGUUCACGUACGUGCUGCCGGAGGAACAGGUGAAGGAAGAUUCGCUCCACACCAACCUGGUGGUGGACAUACGCGAGGGCCAGUGCGAGGAUGCGUUUGCUUACGUCGCGGACGUGUGGCGCAACGGUAUCACCGUGUUCGAUAUGCGCAAGUUCAAGAGCUGGCGUACGACGAACUAUCUGUACAACCCGAACCCACUGGCCAGUGACUACAACUACCAGGAGCUGAACUUCCAGUGGUCGGACGGUGUGUUUGGGAUGUCACUUGCGCCGGUCCAUCGUUCCGGUGACCGCAUGCUGCUGUUCCAUCCGAUGUCCAGCUUCAUGGAGUUCCAGGUGCCAACGUCGGUGCUACAGAACGAAACCAUCUGGGAGGGUUUCGGGCUCGCCAAGGCUUUCCAGCCCGUCGGUACGCGUGGCCGGCUAGGACAAUCGUCGACGUCGGGUGUGGCCAAGAACAAUGUACAGUUCUUCACGCUGGUGCAGCAGUCGGGCGUUGGAUGUUGGGAUCUGGGCAAACCGUACAAUCGGAACAACCUGGGCGUGGUGGAGAAGAACAUCCAGAAGCUGACCUUCCCCAACGAUCUGAAGCUCGACCGGGAACCGCAGCAAUCGGUGUGGGUUAUGAGCAACAAGCUGCCGGUUUUCCUGUACGAUAAGCUCGACUACACCCAGACCAACUUCCGUGUGCUGAUGGCGGACGUGCGUAAGGCCAUCGAGGGUACGGUGUGUGAUCCGCGGGUGGCACCCAGUUUGGCCUUUGACGCCGGUCAGCUCGAGUGUGAGCUGGAGUUGUAGAAGGCGGUUAUUGUCAGCUGCAGUUUUCUGUUCGUCUGUUUCUUUCCUACCACCUGAUUUCUGGCUCCCGGCGUGCCAAACUACUUGUAUGGUUCUUUUCGUUUUGGCUGCAGUUUAGAUUUUGUCGCCGCCAUUUUAUGUAACCAAGCGCCAUCGGGAGUGUAUUAAAUAAGAAGUACGCGUUGACCACAAAACUACAACACCAGUGCGCUGGAUUGGCGAUUGACUAAUAAAUUCUCGUUCGUAAGGAUUACUCGA